AUGUUUAUUUUAUCGUUAAUGAGCGACUUGGUGAGGGUGCUUCCUGAGCAAUUCAAUCUGGAUAACGUUACUGCCAUCACUCAUCAAUUGAACGGCAAGUAUGCCAAUAAGAUCAUUGCCCAUCUAGGGCUUUGCGUGGCGGUUUACGAUGUGUUGGAAGUCGAUGAAGGACAGCUGAGGCCUGGGGACGGGUCCUCGUACAUUAAUGUGAGGUUUCGUGCGUUGAUAUUCAAACCAUUCAUUGGGGAAAUUGUCACUGGAUGGAUCACGAAAUGCACGGUGGACGGGAUCAAGGUGUCGUUAUCAGGCAUGUUUGAAGAUAUAUUCAUUCCAAAGAACAUGCUGUUUGAAGGGUGUCAUUUCUCAGUGAAUGAGAAUGCAUGGGUAUGGCCUAUGGACGAAGACACAGAGUUGUACUUUGACAUCAACGAAAAGAUUAGGUUCAGGGUCGAGCAAGAAGUGUUCAUCGACGUCAAACCCAAAUCGCCGAAGGAGAGAGAUCAAGAAGAAAAAGCCAAGGAAAAUGGCGAGCUUGAAACUACUGAAAAGCUUCCCUCAUACGCAAUCCUGGGGAGCUGUCAAACAGAUGGCAUGGGACUAGUAAGCUGGUGGGAAUAG